AGGGGGACACGAGGCUAACAUAUGAUGUGAGGACUACAUUCUCAUUGUAAUCUUGCUCAAAUCACAGGCACUCUUGCAGUUUGUUCAUUUUGAAUAUGUUUCCAUGGCUAGCUAGCUAGCUAAGAAGGCUCUCCUACUUGAUGGCACAUAAAACAUUACAACUCAGUCUCUUAUAUGGAGUAUUUGAUCAUUUGUUUAUCAUUGAUAAUUUUUGUCAUAUCGAACCAUAUAUCCAUAUUUGUCUCAGUAUUCGAUGAUAAUGAUAUCUAUAUGAUAAGAUAAGUGACGGUUAAGAUGUAUCAUUCAAUGGAGCCAUCUUCCAAUACUUUAUUACUUGCACCAUGGAAGGAUAACUAACUUGGCUUGUAUAGCAUAAAAAUUUCAUUUGAUUUUUACGUCUAGGUUGUUGAAGUUUCACCAUUUGCUAAACGUAGAAAAGGUGAAAGCUUGAUUGAUGUUCACGUACAAACCCUUUUCACCCAUACCGUAUUACAAGACAAAGACACAUAAAGAAGGGGCAAAUAAUGAAAAGGCAAUCAAAAUAUAUAUGCGGCAAAAGUGUGGUCCGAAUAAGGUCACAUAGGCAUAGUAUUAUCUAUCCAAUUCCAAUCUAUCUAUCUUCUAUCCACAUUUGCUCUAACAUCGUUCUCACCAUUUGCCACCCAUUUUUUUCAUCCCAUCAAUCAAAAUCUUUCAUCCCAAUCCAAAAGAAUUCACCUCAUUUGAUUGAAUAGUUUUACUUGUGUUGGUUCACUCAAUCGAAGGAUUAAAAGUAAAUGAAGAUUGGAGAGAGAGGCUGGGUGUGGAUGAAAAAACAUGAUGAUUAUAUAAUAGUGAUAAAUAUUGUGGUUCGAGAUCAAGAUAUUUCUCUCAUUUGUAAUUGGUUAGAGAGGAAAAUCCGUAAGAAGAAAGUCGGAUGUUGUCUGUAACCAAGUGAAUGUUGUUGUCAUAGAAUUAGAUUAGAAGUAUGGUUGAUUUUGAAAUUUGAGAAAAUUGACAAACAUUUAGAUUCAAUCAAAUCGAGAUUGGUGUUUUAAUCUCAUUUAUGUUUCAUGCGGAUUUAGAUUCUCUAGUUUCCGCGUCAACCGAUUUUGAGUUGACUCAAUCGUUCUUGAAAUAGUACGAAGAAAUAUGGGAUCGAGUGGAAACAAAUAUGGAUUGGCGAUGAUAAAUCAAAUGAUGAUCAUUCUCUUUUUUUUCCUCCACUUUCAAUUUAGUCCUAUACAGAUUUGAUUCGAUUUUAACCCAUUUUAAACUAGUUUACACAAAUGUUGCAUAAAUUUAUUACAGAAAAAAUUGUUGUUGCAUACAUUUUAAAUGCAAAUUGGACCAAUGGGUCAUACACAUAAUAACACAAUAAUAUUUUCAUUAUUGAUUCCAAAAAUUAUUUCAUUUGUAAUUUUUUUUGUGUGUAUAAUUUACAGAGAGCUUGUUGGGGUUAUGGGUUGGAUUAGUGGGGGAGAACAAGUGAAUAAGUGAUCCCUUCUGUCUCUCACACAUCUCUUUAUCUUUAAUUUAUUCCCUUCAAUAUUAUUUAUUUGUUUAUCACUUUCAGGACAAAAAGGUUUUAUGUACUUGUCAAGUGUGUUACAAAAUUCGAUCACAUGAAAACUCGGGAUGAUUAAAGAUGUUUCAAUUUUUAGGUUAUGAAAUUAUAUUACAUGGAGUUAGGGGAGCUAUGGUCUAGAGUCAAAUGGAGGGACAAAUAACUUGGCUUUUAUAGGGUCAAAUGUCACUGCAAUAUGAGCCUGAUGCUAUAUUCUUUUGAGACAAUAUUAAGAAUUAGAUACAAUACUAUCUUUCAUAAAUAAUUUCACCGAUCCUACCACAUUUGUAUUACUUUGUUGGACGUUGUGGAAGUACUAAAACGAAACUUUGAUAACAAAUUUGAAAUCAUUGUAUUGAUUGGCCAUCUUAUUAGCAUAUUGAGUCAACAUGUUUGCACGACUACUGAGCAAGAGCACAAGGUGGACGGGUUGAUAUGCAAAUUUGCAUUCACCGAAAGAUUCCAUACACAGGGUUUGUUGGUGUUAACAUUGACGACUCUGUCUACCAUUCUCCAUAUUCGAUGUGUAGGCAGCAUGAUCAAAGGAGAAAAUAUGGAGAGAAUUAUCCCGCUCUGUCCCCAUUUUCCCACAGGCAGGGGUGUGUAAAGCCUGGCAUCGUCCUAUCUUUCAUUGGCUUUCUCGGGCGUACGACCAUCUCAUUAAGGGUUUCAAAAGAAUUCAUCAAUGGCUAUAUUUUCAAUAAUAUAUGUUAUCUUAUUCAUAUUAUUCGAUAGAAAAAUCAUGUUAUCAAAAUCACUUACAUUUUUAUGUGUGUAUAUUAUUCAUUUUCUAGAACUCUAGCUUAACUUAUGGAAUUAUGUAUAAUAUUAUUGGUAGUCCAAAUCUAGAUUGAUUUUUUAAUGCACAUCAGACCUUACAGCCUAUUUCUACCAAAAAAACCAAACCUUCUCCCCUUCCCUCUCUUCCUCACAUCUCCUCUCCUCUCUCUCCCUCCCUUUCUGGUAAAUACCAAAUCGCAAUUCCAUUUUAACACAUAUAAAUACAAAUCCCAAUUGAAAUCCAGAACAGUGUCAGUAAAUUUAUAUCAAAGAAGAGAGAAAGGGAAGAAGAAGGAAGGAAGGAAAAAAAGGGGAAGAAAGAAAAGAGAAAGAGAACCAAAAAGGGGAGAGAGCCUUAGCUGCUCACACCCUCUUCUUAUUCUUUUGUUGUUGUUGUCGUGAGGCCUUCAGAUCUUGAGAUUCUCCCUCAACUCUCCCCCUCAUCUGGGUUCUCUUUCUCUUUGAUCAAUCAACCAGUUCUUUUCUGUGUUCUUCUUCCCCACACAGAAAGAAAGGGGAAACAUUAAGGAAAAAAGGAGGAAAAAACUGAAAAGCCUGCUCCUUUUGGAUAAUUGCUAUCUUAAAUUUUGGAUCUUAUUAGUUAUCACACAUUUCUUAGUCGAAGCUUUUGUCUUCCGUUCAUUUGGAUUACUGGGUGGCGAUCGGUUUCCUUUUGGCCUCAUCCUAGUUAUCGAUCAAUCGGUUAGUAGUUCGUAAAGCCUUUCUGGAUUGAAUCCAAGAGUACCCACUUGGUACAGAGACACAUCCCUGCAUAUAAAAUCUGAAAGAGCUUUUUCUGCUUGAUUUCUGCGUCAAGGUAUUCUUCAUUUCUAUCAGCAUUUUGGCGUUUCUUCGUAUGCGGAUUGCUGGGCUUUUUGGAUUGUUCCUGGUUAUAGAGAAUUGUGUGUUUUGGUUAACAGAUCCCGUUAUUUGAUUAUCAUCAGAAUUGUUGAAUUUUUAGAGACAACUGGUUUUAUUCAUGAUUUGGAAAUGGAUCUCGGAAAGCUGUUCAUUGGUGGGAUUUCAUGGGACACCAAUGAAGACCGUCUGAGAGAGUAUUUCCAGGUAUUUGGGGACGUUCUGGAAGCUGUGAUUAUGAAGGAUCGGUCCACAGGUCGAGCCCGCGGCUUCGGCUUUGUUGUCUUUGCUGAUCCUGCUGUUGCUGAGCGAGUUGUGAUGCAGAAGCACCUCAUAGAUGGUCGAAAUGUUGAGGCGAAGAAAGCCGUACCCAGGGACGAUCAGAACAUUCUGAACCGAACCAGCAACAACAGCAGCCUUCACGGAUCACCUGGUCCAACUCGGACCAAGAAAAUAUUCGUAGGAGGUUUAGCAUCGACAGUAACAGAGACCGACUUCAAGAAUUACUUCGAUCAGUUUGGAACAAUCACUGAUGUUGUUGUCAUGUACGACCACAACACUCAAAGGCCAAGAGGCUUCGGGUUCAUCACCUUUGACUCAGAAGAAGCUGUGGAUAAAGUGCUGUACAAGACAUUCCAUGAGCUCAAUGGCAAAAUGGUUGAGGUGAAACGGGCUGUUCCAAAGGAACUAUCCUCCUCUGGUCCGGCCAGGUCGAACCAGUUUGCUGGAUAUAACUAUGGAAUUACCAGAGUCAAUAGCUUCCUCAAUGGCUACUCCCCUCAGGCACACAAUCCAAAUUCUGUUGGACUUAGAAUGGAUGGUAGAUUCAUGCCAGUCACUGCAAGUCGUAGCAGCUUUUCUCCAUUCAAUAGCGGGUAUGGAUCAGGUCUAAAUUUCGAGCAAUGUCUGAGUCCAAGUUAUGGUGGCAACUCAAGCCUUGGGUCAAACAUUGGGUUCGGCCGGUUGAGUCCUUCAUACAGUGGCAAUUCGAACAGGUACUGGAGCCCCAUUGGUUAUGGAGGAGGAAACAACUCGGGCUUGAAUUCUGUUUCUCGUACUCUGUGGAGCAAUGAUAACAUUUCUCAAAAUGCAAACUCGAACGGAGGAGGUUGGAACUCGGGGCUCAGUUCCUUUUCUGGAGCUCUUUGGGAUUCCUCGGUUAAUGCAGGGCCAGGUGGUGGUUUGGGACCCGCGUAUAACAAUGUCGGUGGAGGAGAUUUUAGUGUUGGACUAGGAGGGGGAGGAUAUGGAAGAAACAGUGGGGCUGGUUUUGCGCCUGUGGCAUCGCGUGCUGCUGCUGCAAAUGGAGGUUAUGACAGGGCAGCUUAUGCUGACAUUUACGAGAAUAGUUCACUCUAUGGAGAUUCUUCCUGGAGAUCCCCAACAUCAGAGUUGUUUGAUUCUGGAAUUGGAAAUGCAGCUUCGGAUGUUAUUACUAAGAAUACUGCAGCUUAUGCUGGUGGUUAUGGCAUUGCUGAUAGACAGUCAGAUAGAGGAAUUGCUGCUUAGGAUGAAAACAAAUAUUGCUACUGUAGGUGAAAGAGUACAUCAUCAACAUUUGAAGUAAAGGUGGUACAUUACAUGUUUCGUGGACCUGAAGUUUACUUUCUUACCUAUUUUUCUUACCCCCCCCUGAUGUUUAUGUGAGGAGGAUCUUGAGAUUAGAGCUAAUCAAUUUAUCGGGUUAUCGAACAAAAUUAUGGUUAGAGAGCAGAGCAGGAGAGAACAAUUCAGUCAGGAGGAAUUUCUUGUGUAAGGUUUGAGCUUUGAGGAGGAGUUUUUUUUCUUCUUCUGUUAUCAUUUUAUUUUACUAUAUAUAGUGUUUUUAAUUUUGCUUUUCCUUCCCAACUUGGGAAUAUCUGGAACUUUUAAGAUGUAAAAUCAGGAGUUUGUGGGUAUACAUCAGAGAUACUGUAUCAAUGUUGACAGAUACAGAAGGCCACCAAAAAAAAAAAAAAGGAUAUGAACAUGAAGAACAGUAUUUUGUUUGGGUGUUUUCCUUUUUUUCUUCUCUUUUAAUUGUUUUCUUUGGGUAUUGGGUUCUUCAGGUUCUUCAUGUGGCAGCAGAAAACUGUUUAGUCCUUGUCAAGUGCGGAUUUGGAAUCUUAAUUAGGGUUUGUACAAGUUGAUUGGCUUUCACUAGUUGAGAGGGACAUUUAUUGCUUACCUUUCCCCACUUUGGAAAUAAUAAUUUUUACAGAAUACUGAUUUAUGUUCAUUUCUCCAUUUUUUUGGUUGUGGAUGGUGUUACUAAUCCAGCAUUUUCUUCCUCUGUUUUCCUAUUGGUAUACCCAAUAUUUGGAUUCCAAGUGACUUAAAGUUGGAAUGAAUUUAGGGUGAGAUGGAUGUGUUUUGAUUUCAUCUAUUAGAUAUAAGCCCUACCUAAUAAAUGUUUAUAGCUAUUUUUGGUAAAGAACUCUUAUUGUACUUCUUUAACCUCAGCAUAGGUGUGGUUUGUAAUUUUUGACUCUAGAUAUGGGUGUGUUUGAAUUAGGUAGUUUUAGCAAUUGGUUAAUUUUGUAAAUUAAAAGAAUGAGUGGAUGACAAGCUUUUAAGAGGGCAUAAAUUAAUGUGUCAACUCACUUAGAUUAGUAAGAAAGGUUAUACAAGUCGUAAUUAGUUUAUAAUUUUUCUCGAUGCGACCAAAUCUGAGCAAGACCUAUUACUUGACUAAAAUUCGACAUAUACUACCUUAAAUCACAUUAGUUGUCUUUAUUAUUAUAAGUUUGUUUUUAAUUUAAGGUGCUUACUUAAGGGAUUCUAACUUGCAACCUCCAGAUUGAAGAGUAGAAAUACCACUAGCCCACUCCAUUGUUCGCCACGCUAUGAUUUUUAUCCCUACUCAAUAACUAAUAUGAUAACGAACUUUUUCGUUGCUAAUUGUUAAUGACCAUGAGUUUUCAAUGAUAAUGUCGUAAGAGCAAGGGGUCUUUACAUGUUGAUCUGGUAGAUAAAGAUGCCAACUCCCUUUUCAAAUGUUGGUUGAAAUUUUGUGUGAUGGAUAUCAAUUUUGUGGUGCAAUUGAAACGUGCUUCAUUGUUCAUAUCAUCACACCCGUAUCUAUCUAUCUCAAUUCUACUUUUCUUGAAUAAGAUCAUCAAAGUGUGUGGCCAACCCCACCUACCUAAUAUCCUUCACGUAUUCAUAAAUAAUAGAUAGGUAAAUUGAUC